AUGGCGAGCACUUACGACGUUAUCAUCGCAGGCGCAGGACCCAUCGGGCUCUUCCUAGCCUGCGAGCUCGGGAUGAGAGGCACUUCCGUUCUAAUACUAGAACGCGAUACCUCUCCUGACUCGCCCUUCAAGAGCGCGCCUCUGGGUCUACGAGGCUUGAACACGAUCUCCCUGGAGUCCCUCUACCGCCGCGACAUAAUGCACCUCGUCACGAAAAGCGAACGACCGAAGUUCUUCACUCCAAAGGCGGGUUACACAUUCGGCGGCCACUUCGCCGGCAUGCUCCUAAACGCCGAGCUACUCGACAUGAAGAAGCACAAGUAUCGUCUCAACGGUCCAGCUUUGUGCCCCAACGGUACCAUUCUAGAAACCUUCGAGAAGGUAUUAACCGAAAGAGCCGAGAGCCUAGGUGUCAAGAUCCUCAGGGGCAAGGGCGUCACAGCCCUAACACAAGACGACAACAGUGUCACCGUAGAAGCAGGCGGCGAGACCUUCACAGGGAAAUGGCUCGUAGGCUGCGACGGCGGGCGCAGCACCGUGCGUAAGAUCGGCGGAUUCGAAUUCGUCGGGACAAAGCCGGAAUGCACGGGGUACGCCGUCCUCGGCGACCUCGAGAACCGGGGAAGCCUGAAACUCGGAUUCAACCCGAGCCAAGGCGGGAUGUCGAUCAUCGGCCACGCAGGAAACCUGUUCCUCCUGGACUUCGAUGGCGGCGCCUACGACCGCAUGAAGGAGAUCACGCCGGAGCACAUCAACACCGUGAUCGCGCGCGUCACGGGCACCGAAGCCAAGAUCACUACCCUCAAGUACGCGUCCUCGUUCACGGACCGCUCGAUGCAAGUAACCCAGUACCGCCGCGGCCGGGUCCUCCUCGCCGGCGACGCAGCUCACAUCCACUCCCCGCUCGGCGCACAAGGGCUGAAUCUCGGGCUCGGUGACGCUAUGAAUCUCGGCUGGAAGCUCUCCGCAACAGUGAAAUCGGGAACCACGGACUUCGCGCUAGUCGAUUCGUACGAAAAGGAGCGUCUGCCGAUCGGGGCGUGGGUGUUGGAGUGGACGCGGGCACAGGUGUCGACGUUACGACCGGAUUUAUACGGCAAGGCGUUGCGGAAGAUUAUUUCAGAUCUGAUACAGACGACGGAUGGGAAUAACCUGUUCAUGGACCGCGUGUGGGGCCUUUCGAUGCGGUAUGAGCUCGGUGACGAACACCCCCUCGUCGGAUCCAGUGUUCCGGAUUUCGAGCUGGUUGAUGGGGAUAGGUUAGGUCCGAGGCUGAAGAGUGGGAAAGGCCUGCUUUUGGAUUUCGGCGCGGAUGAGAGGUUGGAGGGGCUGGUGGGGAAGUACGCCGGUGAGGUCGAUUACCUCAGCACGUCGGCGAAGGAGCAGUUGGGGCUUUCGGCUAUGCUGGUUCGUCCUGAUGGUGUUGUUGCUUGGGCUGCGGAGGGGAAUACUGAUGUUGAUGCGGCUAAGGCCGCUUUUGAGCGGUGGUUUGGGAAGGGUGCGGAGUAG